AUUGCGCUUCUCUUGCAAUCGCUGCGACCGUGUUCUGCCCUGCACUCCUCGAAUGCUCUCCCGAUCUGCUCCUACUCCUCUUCCACCGCCACGCUGUUCUAGGACCCGUGGACCCUUCAAGCCACUACGUCAUUCAGAGGCGACCCCGAUUUACCGCUGUGCCGCCUUGAAGACCGGCCGUGUUGGCCGUGGCUGCCACUUCUCAACAUCUCCAGCGCUCGCGAAUGUGGCGUAUGACUGCAGUUGCCGUCGCCCUCUCGAUCCUGCUUCCGUCUGGUUUGGUGCUGCUUGAUCUGGAGGGAGGAGCAGGGGGCUCGCGAUGAAGAAGAUCUCCCCGUCCUCGAGGCCACUGUCCACCCCCAACGACCCUCCUGCCCGCUCGCCCACCAGCCCCUCGCAUCCAUCGCCGAAUCGCCCAUCGCUGCUUCGCUGGCCUCGAACCAGUCCGCCCGACAACGCCGACCCUGGAG